AUUUUAAUUUUUUUAAUGAUUUUUAGGCUGACGAGGCAAUGACAUGGCAUGUUGACUAACGGUCAAUGGUGUUGACCAUCCAAAUUGACGGUCAAACUAGGUGUCGGGCUAAUUGAGUCUAUAUGUUACAUAGUUGAGGUCAGGAUGUUAAUUUAUGAAACCACGGGCCAAAGUUGAUUAUAUGGUCAUAGUUCAAGCCAAAAUAAGGUAUUAAUCUAAAGGUUAGUAUUUAGUUAGUUACUGACAUAUCUAAACCCUAAAGGAUGGUGUUGCAGGUGGCGGAUAUUUCACGAAUUCAGUCUUUCCUUUGUUUGGAUGGUUGAUCGGUAGCGAGAUCUCACCGACUGACUGGAAAUCUAUGUCACUGAAGGAAUAGUGAAUAGCUCUCUGCUUAGGACGACCCACAAAAAUGCAGGCGGCGAUGAGAGGAAUGUUCCCGGCUUUGAAACCUAAUUACUCUUCCGCAACUUCCCAAUUCUUCUUCUUCUUCUCCACAAGGCAUUUCUCUUCCAAGCUCUUCAUCAGAGGUCUCCCUUUCUCCAUGACGGAUCAAAUGUUAGCUGAUGCAUUUUCUGAGUUCGGCAAGGUGGUGAAAGCUGAAGUAAUCAAGGAUAAAGAUAAGAAGAAAUCGAAAGGUUUUGGGUAUGUUACCUUUGACUCUGAGGAUGAAGCCCAGAAGGCAUUGAGAAGCACACACGGGAAGCCAAUGCAUGGGCGUGUCGUCUUUGUAGAUAAACAAGAAUGAUGACAAUGUGGAGUGUGACCAACUGGCCAAGUUCAUGAAGUUCGGCAUAUUGGUCAACAGAUGCUGAUCCAUGAAGAUGUUUAAUGAUUGACUGCUAGUUGAACUUUCCUCUUGUUGGAGAAGGCUGAUUAGGGACGAAUCAGGUCUGUAAAGCAACCUUCAAGUUCUGUACAUGGGUGACGCCAUAUCUCCAAAUUAGGGUUUGACAUUCUAGGGUGAAUGGGAUUUUGAUCGAGACGGCUCAAUGUACUGUGAUUGCAGCAUCCCUCACUCAUUUUCGGUACUUAAAUGUUUAAUCAUGAGUUGUGUUCGAACUUCAAAGUCGGCAAUUUCACUACCAGCCAGCAAGUCAGGAACGUGUUUGUGUUCGUGAGUGAAUUAUAAAAGGCUGAUGCCAAA